AUGUCCCCAAAGGCAAUCAACCAUUUUGCAGGAGAGGAUUUUGACACACAUCAGACAACACGGCCAAGUAUUGUUGCAGAGAAGAGAAGGAGUUUUAUUGCAGAAGGGAGUAGUGCUUUUAGUAGACAUCAAGAGAGGAUUGUUGACCUCCGGAGCCCAAAAGAAAAAAGGGAAACUGAAGAAGACGAGGAGGAGGAAGAUGAUGAUGAUGAUGUACCAAAGGCAUCUGUAACAAAGGCUAUGUUUGCCAAUGGUGGUCUUGCUCUAUCUAUAGUGCUAAUGUUAGUUAUCGCGGUUAUUUCUUUGGUUGGCCUUUUGCGACUGGUUGAUGCCCAGAAUAUCGUGGGUGGAUCGUAUGGUGAUAUGGGAGGGAUAUUGUAUGGAGAGCGAGUCCGAUACACCGUCUUGUUCUUUAUUGCUGUUUCUCAGCUAGGCUUCGUGUGCUCCUACCUGGUGUUUAUAUCCGGCAACCUGGUGAAUGUAGUAGAUGUGUUGUCGAAUUGUGCGGCCCAUCUGGACCAAAAGUAUUAUAUCUGGAUUCCAUUGAUUUUAGUACUUCCACUAGCUCUUGUGAGACACAUCGCCCGGUUAUCAUUCACAGCUAUCAUCGCCGAUGUGUUUAUUCUUUUUGGCCUAGUGAGCGUACUCUACUUUGCAUCUGUCGAAUUGACUGAUGGGGGAAUUGGACCGAAUGUAAAGAUGGUCAAUCCAUCCAGUUUUGCACUCAUGAUUGGGACAGCAACAUUUUCGUUUGAAGGAGUUGGACUAGUAAUUCCAAUUGUCGAAUCCAUGCAAAAACCCGAACGCUUUCCGUUUGUGGUUACCCUGGGCACUAUGAUUGUCUGUGUAGUUUAUGUACUGAUUGGCUCCAUCUCAACCCCAUUGACUCUGUUUCCAGCCACAAAGAUCCUUGAAAAUGGUCUCUUUUGGAAUCGACAGUCAGGUAAUCAAGAUAGGCGCGUGAAAUGGCUAAAGAACGCCUUCAGACUUGGCCUGGCAUCUUUCUGUGCAUUAGCUGCUUACUCUAUUGGUCCUGCUAAUUUAGACCUAUUUGUCUCGUUUGUUGGAUCUGUGUUCUGCGUUCCCUUGUGCUUUAUAUUCCCAGGGAUGUUCCAUUACAAGAUCUCAACAAACCUUCAAGAUAAAGUGAUUGAUAUAGGGUUAAUGGUAUGGGGCAGUAUCAUUCUGGUUUACACUCUAUAUGUCACCAUAGACUCCUUCCUUUAUCCCCUCGCAGGCAGUGCAGGCAUUGUCCCUUUUUGUCACCUUUAA